AUGGCCACAUCUCUUCCAGAACCCCAGCCGCAGCCAUGGAAGAUUCUGUCUCCUCACCAGGAAGCCAUGAUCGAAGCAUGCAAGACCGGUCAACUAGCUCAGUUGCAACGGUUGUUUGAGGAGCACCAUGUCAAGCAAGGUCACGAAAUUAUCUGGUAUAAGGACACCAAAGGAGAGGGCGCUCCUACGACGGCUAUGCUCUUUGAAGCAGCCAUUUCUCAUGGGCAACAAUCCACCGUCCGAUACCUGCGCUCGAUAUAUCCUGCCUUCGACUUCAGAGAACCCUGGUCCGUCAGAACGCUCGCUAAGACGCGAGACCUCGAUAUGCUCAAGCUGAUCUAUUCCUACUCCCCUGACGUUGUCAGUUUUGGGUUCGACGACCACAUGACGUCCAUGCUGAGCUUGGCUAUUGAAGAGGGUCCUCAGAAUGCGCCUUUCAUUCUCUUCCUUCUAGAUCACGGAGCGAUGAGUUUGGACAACGGCAGCUACACUUACCAUCUUGGAUGUGAAUUGUUGCCGGCCAUGACCAACGACCAACCGAUAGAAGUCAUCAAAAGGACGGUUCCCCUGACCGCCAGCCUAUCGUUUCCCAAAAUGACAGCAAUCAAUCGCAAACGUGCCGACGCACUCGAGGUAUUCUUGAACGAGGAGCAGAAGAGGAUGCGGGGGACUCAGUCCAGUGAAGAUUUGGAGUCGACGCUACAGUCUGUAAAGAGCACAGGAGACAAGGAGUUAAUUGCCGUGGUAGAACGCCACAUUCACAAGAUUGAGUAG